AUGACUUUGUCCUUAUUCCAGAAUUUCGCUCAAUGGUUUUUUUUUUUGCAGCCAGUAUUUACCUCUGAAGCGCUUACACACAGGACCUUCACCACGAUGUCUCUUUCUCUGAAUUGGAAUCAACUAAAGGCCAAACUCGGAGAGAAGAAGACGUCCCAGCAACCGAAUAAGGUUCAGAAGAAAAGUAAAAAUGUACUGAGGCCGAAAAUUGUGAAAAAGGCGGUCUCUGUGCGCAAUGAAACUCCGAAUGUAAACGAGAACACCAUCUCAUCUCCAAAAAACCAGGAAGCAUCUGUGCUCGAGUAUGCCUUAUGGAAGACAGACUCAGCUCAGAAGUUAGACUUGAGCAUAGGAAAAGGGACCAGACGCGACAUUGUGCCAGAUCAUCGAAAGCUGUCAAUUGGAAAAUUCAUAGCCAUGGACUGCGAAUUCGUAGGUGUAGGUGAAAAAGAUCGGUCUGCACUAGCGCGUGUGUCAAUUGUAAAUAUGUACGGAGUAGUGAUUCUAGAUGAAUACGUGCGCCCGAAGGAGCGGGUCACCGAUUGGCGAACGUGGGUAUCUGGAGUAUCACCGCACCAUAUGAAAAGUGCUAUUACAUUCGAGGAAGCUCAAGAAAGGGUAGAAAAACUCAUGAAAGAUCGCACAUUAGUAGGGCACUCACUCAAGAACGAUAUGAAGGCUUUGCAGUUGGGUUUGAAAGGCGUUCAGGUAGAAGAUACUUCCAUGAUCACAGAAUUUCGCGAGUUGGCGAAGGGCAAGGCGCCCAGUCUACGAAGGUUGUGCCAGACACUUCUUCAGUUGGAAAUUCAAACUGGCCAACACUCCUCCGUAGAAGAUGCUCAGGCCACCAUGGCGCUCUACCGCCUAUACCGCUGGCACAAACAAAACAAGAAAAGUAUGGUAUCAUUGCCAGCAGUGCCUCAAAAAAACACGUAG